ACGACUCACACAAUUAACCGUUACGGCGGGAGUUUGACCUAAUGUCAACCAGGCGUUGCUGGAAGAAAAUCUAGACGGUUCUUUUUUGAUUUUUCACAUCGUGGUUUGGAGAAAAAUCGACGUAGAGCUUUUUUUUUUGGUCUGCGAGGAAUAAACUGGUAACAUCUAGCACAUAUCACUUGAAGCUAAAAUUCAUGAAGCCUCCAGAAUGUCUUCCAUCCCGGGUCUGCCUAUGCGAGGGUCAGAUGUAACGGCCGUGAUCACAAGGGUCCACUUGCAUCCACUUUGUGUGCUAGUGGAGUUCUGGGCCAAAUUUAGCCAACAGAGCAAGGCAGAUUAUCAGCGCUUAGCAAGUGACAUUCAGUCUCCUGGAGCCAUUUUUAAGGAAUUGGAAGGAAAUCCUGGUGACCAGUGUUUGGUUCAGAUACAAAAUACUUGGCACAGAUCUCGAAUAGUGUCGAGACAUGGCUUUAGCUACCAAGUAUUCCUCAUUGACAAAGGAAUGACUUGCAGUGCUACCACCAGCAUGCUAGCAUGGGGUAAGAAGGAGUACUUCCAAGUCUCUCCUGAAGUAGAAUUUUGUGUGCUGGCUAAUGUGCUACCCAGAGCACAGGAGAAGAGAUGGUCUCCAAUGGCGCAAGAAUAUCUAAAAUCUUUUACCGGGAAGUCUGUAGCAGCACAUGUGCAGGAAGUUCUGGUGUCACACAAGAUCUUUUUGCUGCACAUCCCUGCUAUUUCUAGACAAAUGUACGAGAUGGGGUUUGCAAUGGAGCUUUCUCCUCCCCUAUUCCUGAACCAUGUUCUGAUGACUCUGAAAUCCCCAAGUGGGGCUGAGGCACCUCUAGAGACACAGCAGCUCUUCAUAGGAGCAGGCGGUGGACAGCAAAACCCGGAGCUGUUCAUGUAUCUAGAGCUGUCAGUGGAAAACAGAGAGGUUGUCACCGUAACAGAGGUGAUAAGUCCAAAGCAAAUUUUUUGCCAGUUGAAGAUCUUCUCAAAGGAGCUAAAAAGACUCUCAGAGAAACUCACACAGCGUUGUGAAGGCAGAAGGGUCAGCUGCAUCCUGUACCCCGAAAUGAUCGGCUGCCCAUUUGCAACAAAAGGAAACGACGGCCAGUGGUAUCGCUCUGUUGUACAGCAGCUGUUUCCAACCAAUGCUUUGGUGGAAGUUUUCAACGUGGACUAUGGAACCAAACAGUUUGUUCCAGUGGAGAACAUCAGGGAGCUUCCCUCAGAGUUCUUCAGGUUGCCAGUGUUCACCUACAGCUGCUCACUCCUCGGAAUCACCGACAAAGGAUCAGGAUGGGAAGCCAGCCAAAUCCAGUUCCUCAGAUCCCUCCUUCUCCACAAGACGCUCUCCGCCCAUUUUGAGUACUACAACGUCUCUGAGGGAGUUUACUCUGUAACACUCUACGGCGAUCACAACACAAACCUGAACCAGCUGUUUGGUUCCAGGGAAUGCUGUCUGCUUGAGGGGGAUGAAGCGGUUGCAAGGUAUUCCAUCCAAAGUGUAGCAUCUCCCAAACAGCAUCUGACACCAGAGACAACCAUGUUUCUUCAUGGACAAGUUGCAAGAGAAAAUGGAGACGAGUGUCUUCUGUCUGAAAACCUCCCCCCUAACUCAUCACACUCAGCUGUUGUUUACCACAUUAUCAGUCCCUCAGAGUUUUGGAUCCAAACAGAGACUUACAGGAAGGAGUUGGAUGAGCUGUUGGACAAAAUCUACCACCUGCACAAAGAUUCAGUGAUCACAGAUGUAAAGAAUCCAGUUGUUGGACUCUACUGUGUCGCUAAGGCAAAAGACAAUGAAUUCUACAGAGCGUCUGUGUGUGAAGUUGGCAACGCAAAAGUCAAAGUAUUCUUCAUAGACUAUGGAAACACAGAAGUGGUCGACAGGAGCGACAUCAGAAGUCUCCUUCCGGAGUUCAAAGAGUUACCACAGCUAGCACUGAAGUGUUCCCUGGCAAGUGUCGGACCAAAAGAGGGAAGAUGGAAUGACGCCGCAACUGAAUUUUUUACCAAAGUAGUCACAGACAAGGUGCUUAAUGUAUGUGUGAAAGUCAAAAAUGCAGAUGGCUAUGUUGUCCAGCUAACCGAUCCCAACGCGCAGAGUGAACAAGAUGUUGGCAGACUGAUGUGCAACUUAGGUCAUGCAGAAUGGCUUGAGCUGAGUCAGCCAUUGGUUGUUAUGCCACAUGUUAAUGGAAAUGUCCCAUCAUGCAGAGAUGAACAAGUUCAGCCCCAGACCAAAGGUGGUUUUGUCAUCAAGGAAGCUCCUCUCUUUAAAGCACGCAUGUUUAGCAUUGGAAGCCUCCUGGAUGUCAUCGUGUCCUGCAUUGAAAGCCCAAAUGACUUUUGGUGCCAGCUGGUACAGAACACAAGGCACUUGCAUCUGCUCAUGGAUGACCUGCAGUCUCAUUACGCAAACAGUGAGUUCCAGCCUGAUGUAGGAAAGUCAUGUGUAGUUCAACAUCCCAGCAAUGGAAAGUGGUACAGAGCUCUUGUGGUUCGCAGACACAAAACGCCACACGUCGACGUGCUGUUUGUCGACUAUGGACAAACUGAGACGGUCUCCAUCUACACCCUGAGGAGAAUCAGCCCUGAAUUCCUGACUCUGGACGGCCAAGCUUUCCGAUGCAGCCUGUUAAACCUCACGGAUCCCACAACUCUAGUCAACAACUGGAACCAAGAGGCGGAAGCAAGGUUCUUCAACUUUGUCACAGAUGCUGCGUCCAACUUUGGGAUUCUGAAAUGCACAGUGUAUGCUGUCAUGUACAACGAGGAGAAGACAAUUUACAACGUUGUGGACUUAGAGACCCCCUUUGAGAGUAUUUGCACCAUUAUGGCCAAGCUUGUUUCAAGCCCACUUCCACAGAAACUCAACGGCCCGUCGGCCAGUCUGUGCACGUACUACUACUCUGCCCAUGACGUCAAAGUAGGGACAGAAGAACAAGUGAGGGUGACGUAUGUGGACAGUGUCAACCACUUCUACUGUCAUCUGGACAAGAACCAAGAUGUUAUGGAGAAACUCUCCAUGAGGUUGAACAGUCUGUGCCAUCAGCUCCAGAAGGUGAAGUUUCCAAAAGUCUUUGCAUCUUUAUGCUUUGCUAAGUACACCGAUGGCCAGUGGUACAGGGCUCAGAUCAAGCAAACAAAGCCAGCUGUACUGGUUCACUUUGUUGAUGUUGGUGACACAAUUGAGAUGGACGAAUCUGACUUGAUCCCAAUUCCUAAAGGAGCCAACGACAUACUGUCGGUGCCCGUACAAGCGGUUCUCUGUGGCCUCGCAGAUGUUCCUCCUGAUGUUUCCAGCGAGGUGAACCAGUGGUUUACCACAGCUGUGCUAAACUGCAAAUUUAAGGCACGUGUUGUGGCCCAACAGAUUGAUGGGAAGUUUCCGGUUGAGCUGUAUCAUGGGAACUCUCAGAUCAAUUUUGACAUAAAGAAAAUGUUUCUUAAUAAAGCCCAGAAGAAGCAGCAGAGCCAUGAAGAUUUUCGGCCUCAUGAGGAUCCAACUCUGAGGACAACAGGAGAUUUUCCAGAGCAAGCCGUAUCUAAGAGCAGUGCCGGCAUUGUGGAUAGAAAUCGUCCAAGUGUGAAUCUGCAGGCUGUGCAGAAGCAUGAAAAUGGCUUUUCUGAAAGCGUGAAGAAGAUGAGACACCCUGCUUUAGAGCUGUACAAACCUCCAUAUCAAAGGAAGUCGUUUAAUACAAUACCAAAUGGUGCUUCUAAGACUGCAGAAGCUCCAGCGAAUCAAAGAUUUGAUCUUUUUCCUCCUGAAGCGAAGCAUCUCUGCUCAGAAUCGUCUAGAUCAGAAUCCCAGCGGAAAGUCGAUGGUGGAAAACUCCCUCAGCUCCCAGAACUUCCUCCCAGCAGAAUCACAGCAGGAAUGACGGUGGACGUGUACGUCUCGCACUGCAACAGUCCCCUCAGCUUCUACGUGCAGCGCCUUGAUGAAGUGGAUGAGCUGCUCUCCCUGGUGGAACAGCUGAACCAGCCAGAGCGGACACAGAAGGACAGUCCCAUCCAGGAUGUGUGUGUGGGUGAUCUGGUUCUGGCAGAAUUUUCUGAAGAUUCCUCGUGGUACCGAGCCGUGGUGAAAGAGAUCCAGGAGGAGCACACGGCUCUGAUUGAGUUUAUUGACUAUGGAAACAUGGCGGAAGCUCCAGUUUCCAACAUGCGCAGACUCCAGCAGUCCUUCCUCCAGCUUCCUGCCUACAGCACCCACUGCAUGCUGGGAAAUGCUGAAGGUCUGGGACAGAGAAUGCUGGAUCCAGAGUUGGUGUCGCUCUUCAAAGGAGACAUUGGAGUCUGUGAAGAAAAGGUGCUGAGAUGCUGCUUCAUCAAGCAGGUGGGGUCAGUGUGGGAGGUCAGCCUAGAAGACGGCGGCGUGCCUGUAGUGUGUAAAGUUCCUGCUGACGAGUCAACCCGAGGAGGACAGAAGAGCCUCCUAUCGGUUGAUGCUCCUGAGUUUGUCUUAAAUUCUUCAGUUGAAAAGCAACGAUUUUCAGAAUCGGUUACAAAGAAGGAUGAAGGAACUCCAGGGGCUCCUCUGACUGCUAGAGAAGGAAUCAGAACGGCUGAUGAGAGCGGACGGUGUUCCCGUGUGAAGGACAGACCUUCAGCUUUUGUUGGAACAGAAUCAUCAAGAUCAGAAUCCCAGCGGAAAGUCGAUGGUGGAAAACUCCCUCAGCUCCCAGAACUUCCUCUCAGCAGAAUCACAGCAGGAAUGACGGUGGACGUGUACGUCUCGCACUGCAACAGUCCCCUCAGCUUCUACGUGCAGCGCCUUGAUGAAGUGGAUGAGCUGCUCUCCCUGGUGGAACAGCUGAACCAGCCAGAGUGGACACAGAAGGACAGCCCCAUCCAGGAUGUGUGUGUGGGUGAUCUGGUUCUGGCAGAAUUUUCUGAAGAUUCCUCGUGGUACCGAGCCGUGGUGAAAGAGAUCCAGGAGGAGCACACGGCUCUGAUUGAGUUUAUUGACUAUGGAAACACGGUGGAAGCUCCAGUUUCCAACAUGCGCCGACUCCAGCAGUCCUUCCUCCAGCUUCCUGCCUACAGCACCCACUGCAUGCUGGGAAAUGCUGAAGGUCUGGGACAGAGAAUGCUGGAUCCAGAGUUGGUGUCGCGCUUCAAAGAAGACAUUGGAGUCUGUGAGGAAAAGGUGCUGCGAUGCUGCUUCAUCAAGCAGGUGGGGUCAGUGUGGGAGGUCAGCCUAGAAGACGGCGGCGUGCCUGUAGUGUGUAAAGUUCCUGCUGACGAGUCAACCCGAGGAGGACAGAAGAGCCUCCUAUCGGUUGAUGCUCCUGAGUUUGUCUUAAAUUCUUCAGCAGAGAAUAAACUUAAUGAAGAAGCAUUCACGCACAAGAUGGAAAGCCCAGCCUGCAAGAAAUGUUUUCCAGACUCUGUUUCUAAGGAAGAUGAAGGCACUUCAUGGGAUCCUCUGACUGCCAGAAGCUCAAUCCAAACAGCUGAGAGUGGACAGUGUUCCUGUGUGAAGGACGGACCUUCAGCUGAUGUCGGAGCAGAAUCGUCUAGAUCGGAAUCCCAGCGUAAAGUCGAUGGUGGAAAACUCCCUCAGCUCCCAGAACUUCCUCUCAGCAGAAUCACAGCAGGAAUGACGGUGGACGUGUACGUCUCGCACUGCAACAGUCCCCUCAGCUUCUACGUGCAGCGCCUUGAUGAAGUGGAUGAGCUGCUUUCCCUGGUGGAACAGCUGAACCAGCCAGAGCGGACACAGAAGGACAGCCCCAUCCAGGAUGUGUGUGUGGGUGAUCUGGUUCUGGCAGAAUUUUCUGAAGAUUCCUCGUGGUACCGAGCCGAGGUGAAAGAGAUCCAGGAGGAGCACACGGCUCUGAUUGAGUUUAUUGACUAUGGAAACAUGGCCGAAGCUCCAGUUUCCAACAUGCGCAGACUCCAGCAGUCCUUCCUCCAGCUUCCUGCCUACAGCACCCACUGCAUGCUGGGAAAUGCUGAAGGUCUGGGACAGAGAAUGCUGGAUCCAGAGUUGGUGUCGCUCUUCAAAGAAGACAUUGGAGUCUGUGAGGAAAAGGUGCUGAGAUGCUGCUUCAUCAAGCAGGUGGGGUCAGUGUGGGAGGUCAGCCUAGAAGACGGUGGCGUGCCUGUAGUGUGUAAAGUUCCUGCUGAACUCUCUGAGGAGCAAGAGGAGGAGGAGCUAACCCACAUCUCGGCCUUCACACAAGAGGUAGAAACAUCAGAAGAAUCCCCUGUUGGUGUCUGCUCUUCUCAUAAGGAAGAAGAAUCUACAGUAGAGCAGCAGCAAGACGAAUUCCUCCCAACCAUGAAGGAGAACAUUUCUAAAGAGUGUUCAUCAGAUGAAGGCGAAGUGGAAGAGAACGUUGUCCAAAGUGGAGAGAAGAGUCCUCCAGCUGUUGACGCUCCUGAGAGUGAAAGCUUUGAUUUCUCACGUGAGAACAUUGGAGAAGUCGUAGAUGAACCUGAAACCAGAACAUCUGACACAGAAGAGAAGGAAGCAUCAGCCUGCAGCUCAGAAAUGAAGAGUUUGACUGAGCAAGGUCAGGAGGAAAAAGAAGAAAAUGAAAGGAUCACAUCGAUUCCUCCGACAGCCUCCAGAGCUGUGCACAUGAUGCCUCGAAAAAAUGAUUUCCUGGAGACUUCAGAGAAAGUUUUAGAUGUUCCCAAACAGCUGUUCUUUAGUGACAGUGAUGUGGAGAACAACGCAUUUGCUGAGAGUGAAAGCCUUGAUUUGCCGCUGGAGAACGUUGGAGAAGACAUCGAUGAACCUGAAACCACAACGUCGAACAUAGAAGAGAUGGAAGCAUCAGUCUGCAGCCUGCAGAAUCUUUCUGAGCCAGAUGAGGAGAAACAUGAAGAGGAAGACUCUGCAUUGGGGUCAUCUGAGACGGCCUCCAGUGCAGAGCAACCCGUUCCUCAAGACAUUAUUGAUGAGAACACAGAUGCAGACGUCCACAAACAGGAUGACGAGAGCAGGGAGGUGUCCACCAGCGUGGAGGAGAGCUGUCCUGCAGAUUUCAGCACAGAUUUAAAAGACGAGAGUGCUGAUGAAAAAACACUGAGUCAAGAAGGAGAUCUGAGCGCAGGAGAAGAGGAAGUGACUCCAGUCGUCUCUGUUGCUUGUGAAGAUGUUGGACCAGAAGUCAAAGGUGGACAAGACUCAAUUUACGAAAAGCUGGAUAAUAAAGAGAAUUCAUCUGGAAUCUCAGAGGAAUCUGAAGAGGUUUCUCAGCAGGAUGAGGCCUCAAGUCUUUCUGUUGAGGACAACUUCACUAAUCCAGAGAAGUCCAUCAGUGGAGGAGAGUCUUCUGACUGUCAACCAGCAGCCGAAGAGGAAGAUGAGGAUCCAUUUCCUUCUCCAGAUGGACAAAAACAGGAAAACUGGGAAAAGGAUCAUCCUGAUACGUCAUCUACAGAAAAACCUGCUGAAGAUCAAUGUAUCCAGCUGUCGCUCACAUCUCUGUCGAUCCAGGACCCGGCGCCUGAGGUUCUUCCUGCUGAGAAGCUUCCAGAGAAGUAGCUAGUUUCUGUUUAUUUAUGAUAAAAAUGGCAUCUGAGGCCUGUUAAAGUCUUCAUACAAGUUCUCCUCUGUUUGAGCUCAUCUUUAGUACAAGUUUGAAUGUCACUCUUUACUCUUUCAAUUUCCAUGUCAGUGUUCCUCCUAAAGUCAGGGAUUUUCCAAGUAUUUUGUAUUUUUUUUCUUUUGAUGAAACAAAAAAAAAACAAACGUUAAUUUCUGAUUUAUUCAAAGAUAUGAAUAUUUUAUUUAUGUCGGUUUAGUGUGAAUCUGCUUCUGUUCCCUAAAAAUAUUCUAUAAUAUUACUGCUUUGUUGAGACGAGUUGAGACAAUGUUCUUUUUCUGGAGGAUCUUCAAUAUAAUAAAAUGUUUUUGUUCUGCUGAAAA